AUGCCGCGAGAAAUUCAAAUAAAUGUGCCAACAUACAAUAAAAUAAAAGCAGCUCCGGCCCCACCGCGCUUAGCGAAUAGUAGUGAAACAAGCACGAAGUGCAGUGAAAUAAACCUAGCCGUAACAGAAGCUGACCAAAAGCAUUCAGCUGAUCGACGAAAUGCUUACUUUUCGUUCGUUUCCCCCACAAACAAUGCUGAUCGCGAUAAAUCGCUCUCUCCCUCCCCCCAAACACCUUGGCAUGCACAGUCGCCAAUGUCUCUGGUAGACCAAGUUGUUCUAACGCAACAACAAAGCACUAGCUUAGCAACAAGCACAGUAACAACAGUGAGCGCAGCUCUCACAACAACGACUACAACCACGACUUCAGCAAUGACAGCGGUUUCACAACGCAGUUCACCCACAUCUGCACAAACGGCAAUUUCGGCACCAGCCGAAGCCAAGCAACGCAGCUCAGCGCAAGUUGACCUACUUAAUCCAACAACCCGUACAUUGACUCAAACGGGUAUUGAUAGGUAUAUACAAGUCAAACGAAAAUUAAGCCCACAGCAGCAAAAAAUUGCAAACCCAUCAAAAAUUGCAAAAACGAAAACCACUGACAUUAACCCUCUACUGGGAAAUAAGUUUGCGAUUCUGGACAAAUAA